GGAUUCCUACUUUACUGUGCGAUUGGUAUUUGUAAACCAACUUUAUCAUUUAUUUGGGUGCAAUGUAAUGAAUUUGCACUCUGCUACAAGUCAGUGAUGAGGGGAAAGGGAAUAUGGUCAUGGGAAUGGGUGGAGAUUAUCGAACCAAAGACGAAGGAGCAUAUGUAUGCAAACCUGACCACAGGCGAGUGUGUAUGGGAUCCUCCACCAGAUGUCAAAAUCAAGAAAACGGAUGACAACCAGUGGUGGGAGCUGUUUGACCCGAAUACCUCAAGGUUUUACUACUAUAAUGCCACCAGCCAGAAAACUGUCUGGCAUCGACCACAGAACUGUGAUAUCAUCCCUUUAGCCAAGCUUCAGACCCUAAAGCAAAAUACAGAAGUUCGAGAUGAGGAAGAAAGAGCUCAGAGGCGACGUGAGAUCGCAACACAAACACCUGUACCUCAGACACGGAGGGAACACACCAAACAUGUGAGGACCGGAUCAUUAAAGUCCACUAACACCACCCAGACCAGCCCUAAUGUCUCCAGGAAGCAGAGAUUCCAACGGCAAGAUUCCACAUCCUCCCACAGCAGUUCUAGUCACCAUGACAGCCUUAAGGACCGUUCAGUCAAUGGUGACCGUGUUCGUCGUCGUGGUAGCCAAUCAUCUCAAUCUACUACAGCUGGAUACUCAUCAUCCAGUCCAACGAUCUCUGGAGGUGUCAUUCGGCGGGACUCAUCCACAGAGAUGUCCCCACGUAGUAUUGACUCUCCACGCCUUCACCGAGCUCAAAGCAUGCAAAGAAAUGUGAUGGAACACAGUGCACCUCCUAGUAGGUCGAGCAGUUACCGCUACACAGAUCAUCGUGCUCGUGAUGAUAUCUAUCUCACCCAUGGACACCCGCACAGGACAGGGAGGCAGGGUAGUUUUACAGAACGUGAUUAUGGAAGUAAGUCUGAUUCGUAUGGGACCAGGUCCGAGUCCUACACACCUCCUUUAGUUAUGAAUCCUGAAAGUUUCAUGCAUGAUCUACACGAACGGCUUUACAGUCCUGGAUUAUCAUCAGCGUCUUCGUCUCGUGGAGAACCAGAGUGUAUACCUUUCAGUCAGGAUAUUGUGAACCAACAGGGCAAUGUUAGCCCAAGUCCACUAAAACCAAAAACAAGGUCAUUUCCACGAACAAAUCCAGCAUAUGUUGGUGUACCUAAACGUAACGGUACCCCCUCUGUUAUGUACAAGAGACUUAAUGUCGAACAACAAAUGCCUGAGAGUCAUCCUGCAGAACCCAUCACCUAUAGUUCAGCUGGCAUUCAAAUCGCACCUGGAGAUUAUGUUGAUAAUUAUUACUAUCCACAUGAACGAUCUGAUAGUGAAGCAUCACAUUCUUCAACACGGGCGAUAAAACAUGAACGAACUGACAGUCAGACGUCUCAUUCGUCUCGGAAUCGUGAACUGUCAGAUUCCCAGUCUUCCCAAGGUUCAUCGCGGAAUACCUCGGAUAUUCAUUCUUCACAAGGUUCAUUACGACUUCAACAUACCCAUGACAGUAAUAUAUCAUUUCAGGACAGUGUUUCAUCUCGAAGUUCAGCUCGUAGUUUUCAGGAUCAAGAAAUGCUUCGGGAACAAGCUGGAAGUCGGUUAUCACAAAAUUCCUUUAGGGCUUCAGAUAGUGAAAGAAAUGCUGAUUAUGCAAAUAUUCCCUCUAAAAUUGUACCAGUGUAUCCUACUUCCUACCAACAAGAUACGAACCAUUAUCGUGAGGUCCUUAAGGACCGACAGAAUAUCCUAGACAAUGUCCAUUACCUUGACGGUAUUCCUAUUUCAUCACUGGAAUAUAACCAACACCUAGAAAGGGGACAUAACUCUAUGAAUACUGUUCCUGUGAUUCAGAACUCUAAUUUUCAACCUGGAGUGGAAUUAAACGAGAGUUACGAUGAGGAUGUAAACAGUAAUGUAUUCUCAUCAUCACCGGGUAUACAGGAACGUAUCCAGCAGGAACUUGCAUUAGAGAUGCACCCUGCCUCUCUGAAACGGAAAAAAAAUCCUGAAAUGGCAGAUUCGUCUCAGGGUAGCCCUGUUAUAGAGAAAGGUUACCUCGUACAUCAGCCUGAUGUCAUUCAACAGCGACCUGUCUCAAUGGUCGUACCGUCUCAAUCUGAUGCCAAUGUCUCCCUUAGUCCCAGCAUAGGAUCUCUCAACAGACAGAUGUUCUUGUUUCAGACAAGAGCUGGUACUGCUCCCCCAAUUAGAGCAGCGAGUCCGUUAUCCCAGAAACAAAAGUUACCAUCUGACAGUGAUAUUGAGAACUAUGCCCAACAGUAUAUGAAUCGACACAAAAAAGGACUGUUUGGGAAAAAAGUGUCUGUUGCCACUAUGCUGACAUGGUCAAAGGACCCGAUCCAGAAACCUAUUCUGCGUACAGAAGACAAAGGUGUGAAGAAAGAAGCAUGUGACGUCUUUAAACUGAUCCAGAUUUAUAUGGGUGACAGAAAGGGGAAGCACUCUCAGAUGCAGGCGGCACAAGAAAUUGUCAUCAAAGGAUGGAAUGUUGCAAAUCUUCGUGACGAAAUCUACAUGCAGAUCUGUAAACAAACAACUGAAAAUAGAAAAGAAGAAAGUCUACAGAGAGGAUGGGAGCUGAUGGCAAUUUGUUUAAAUUUCUUUCCUCCAUCAGUAAAGUUUUACUCCUACCUGGAGGGGUAUAUUCAGCGACAUGCUGAGGACAUCAUCGAUCUGCCUAACGUAUGUGCGGUUCCUAUCAGCCACUUUGCAGCCCAGUGUCAGCGACGACUAGACAAGACCAUGCAAUCCGGACCAAAGAAAGGACAGAGAAAACCAACUCUGGAGGAGAUAGAACAGGCAAAGAAAUCUGUGUUCUGCCCAUCCAUGUUUGGAAGCACACUUGAAGAUGUUAUGCUGCUGCAGAAUGACCGGUUUCCAGAGCGACAGAUUCCAUGGAUACAGGUGGCGCUGUCAGAGGAGGUGCUUCGACUCAAUGGUGCUCAGACUGAAGGCAUAUUUAGAGUGCCGGGUGACAUUGAUGAGGUAAACAGCCUGAAGAUAAAGUGUGACCAGUGGAUGUUACCCACCGACUGUAUAGACCCACACAUCCCUGCAUCCCUUCUUAAACUCUGGUACCGAGAACUACAUGAACCUCUUAUACCACAGCACUUUUAUGAGGAAUGUAUAGAAAAUUACUCUAAUGGAGAGGCCGCUAUACAGGUUGUUAACAAAUUACCCGACAUAAACAGACUGGUUCUCGCCUAUCUUAUUCGCUUCCUACAGGUGUUUGCUGCAGAAGAAAACUCAAAAACAACAAAAAUGGAUGUGAACAAUUUGGCUAUGGUGAUGGCCCCUAAUUGUCUUAGAUGUGAAAGUCAGGAGCCACAUAUUAUAUUUGAAAACACACGAAAAGAAAUGGGAUUUAUUCGGACCUUAAUCCAAAACCUUGACACAAGUUUCAUGGAAGGCAUUGUAUGAUGAGAGUCGUAGCACUUAGAAAAUUAUGGUGACCAUUAUUAUAACGUUUCUGAUUGUCAUUGGAACUGCGAUUCUCAUGUGGAAAAUAUGUGAAAUAUUGAUAAAGUUGUUUGUCAACAUGUGAUUGCUGUCUGUGUGUCUCUCCACGUGAGACAAGUGUGGAACAUUUGUACAUUCUGAGAGCUAGUGUUCAAGAUUGUGCUGGAUAUCACAUGCCGUGUAUGUAGUAUUUCUAGAAAUAUUUACCAUGGACAUGUAUGGAGAAGUGAAUCAGAGCAGAAAUUUGCCUUUGUGUGGUGAAAUUCAGAAUGUGCAAAAUCAUUGAAAACACAUAAAUUAAAUGCAGGAUUAAUUCAUUAAAAUCUCAUACGGGCUUAAGAAAUAUAAAGUCACUGUUAUUAUUCUGAAAUCAAGGCCAGUAGAAUUAUUCAAAAGGGCCUCAUUUGUUCUCAGAAAAAAGUUUCAUAAACAUUUUCUGUUCAAUUAUGCAGUAUUGAUCUAAAUGCAACUGCUGCAGAAAACAAGGACACAAUUGAUCUACAAAGGGUAUAAGUUGUGUUAUCACAGACUUUUAUAUCUCAAACUUUUUCUCUCAGGUUUGCCUUACUAGUCCAGGUUACAUCAGAGAGGAAAAGCAAAUAAUUCAAAUGCCUUGAACUACAUGUGUUUUAAACAUAUUUGGAUGUUAAAAUAGUGUUCAUCACAAAAAAAAUAUCAUCAUCUUUUAUAUAGAUUUUUAUUGAUGUAUAACUAUUUCUUAUAUAGUGCUCUUGGUGAACUUACAUGUUAUACGGUCAACUACCAGGGAAUUCAAAGAGGCAUUCUCUAACUAGAAAAUAUUAUUCUACAAAAUGUGUAAUUUGAAUAAAAGUUAACUUAGCUCUUUAAUCAGAAUAAUUGUAAUCUACAUAUACAUUAGUAUUGCCAUCCUACCAAACACCCUGGGCACUCAGUAAUGUGGCAAAAUUAUGUCUAAUGCAAAAUCUGUAAAUGUCAUAAGUAGAUUGCUAUCCUAGACAUUUUUCUGAUAAAAUGGUUUGUGAGAGUGAAAUGAGGGAAGAUGCCUGAGAUGAUUAACAGUCGAUACUAACUGAGAAUGGUAUUGUCUUCAAGUUUAAUUAGGACGAUUUUUAGCAUUAUGAAAUCCAGUCUUAUGCUUUAGUUUUGACAUUAGGAUGCACAGUACAACAUAGAAGAAAUACAAUAGUGCUCAUACAUGAAAUUUGAUGCUUGUUGUGAAACACAAGUUACGGUGUUGUAAUGAAAUAUGUAAUAGUGAACAAAAAAACCAUUUUGUAGGGGUUGCAAAAUGCCUUCAGGAUGAUGAUGUGUUUGUUCUUAAAAUUUACAAUGAAAGACGAGGAGGAAUGAAUGGAAAUUGGUAUGAUAGUUUGUAUAUAUAUAUGUGUGUGUGUGAUUGUUACAGAAGGAACUCCACCAGAAAUAGCAGACUUGUGCUACAGAUAUUCAUCUCCAGUCAUACUGUUUUUAUUUGUAUAUUGAUGUGAAUUCAGUAUUUUUCCAUUGAGUAAUAAAUAAAUGUUCUGAAAAUUGUUAGAAAAAUAUAAACUUACAAACCACUGCAGUUGAUGUAUUAUGCUUAUAUAAUGAGCAGUUUGUUUUGUUUUCCUCAAUCCUACUUCCAUUUUGUAUGGCUUUGGUGCAUGUUUAAGUGGCAAUUGUACAUGUUUCAAUGUGUCAAAUACAACCAAGACAUGUGGUGGUGGAGGAAAUUCCUGUGACACAAGUCUGUUAGAUUUAUCCAUGUAUAUAUUUGUAAAUAAUCCAGUGACUUCUACAGUGUAUAUAUAUAUUGUACAGUUCAUACAUUUUUGUCUACUAGUAAUUUAUUGUCCAAUGUACAGUCACAGUGUAUAACCAGACAUUUAACUUGUAUUAUAAACUUCUUAUUACAAAUGUUUAAAACCUUUAGGUGUAGUGUAUAAUUGUGAGUGUAUGUUUGUAAGUAUAGAUGUAAUGUUUCAGUCAGUCAUAGAUUGUUUAUUUGGAUAAAAAAAAAUGCACCAUUAGAAUUUGAAUUAUGUGGAUUUUUUAAUGAACAAAGUUAGUAAAAAUGUUUUAUUAUAAUUUACGUUAGAUUUAUGAAUAUUUACAGUUUACAGUAGAUAUAGGUGUGUUUCCUCAUCUGCCCUGUUUUGAGGAAGCUCAGAGAGAACAAGACAUUUCAAUACCUAAAUAUAUAUAUAUAUACCUAUAUUCUGGUAUAGACAUCCUGACAGUAGGUCUGGGGCGACCUGAUUUACAGUUUUAUCUUCAACAGUAUUUUACUUCUACAGGUUUUUUUUUAUUAUUCAUAUAUCUUCAGUAUUUACUUACAAAAUGUAUUUUAAAACAGAAAACAUCUUUCCGCAAUAAUUUUUUUUAUCUGGUUCUCUGUUGAAAAACCUUUGCAAAACCUUUAUCAAAAUACACAGAUUUUCUCAGAUUUUAGGAAAACUAAGAAUUUGAAAGGAAUUUUUCCUGCUUUAUUUCAGAAUAAAAUGAGCGAUAACAUCAUUUGAACUUACUACACUGAAUUUCAUGCUAGAAAAAAAAGGACUUCAUUUAAAAAUUUUGGAAACCCCUUAAAUAAUUUACUUUAGAUAGAGAUAGCUUUACAUUAGAAAAUUCAGAAUUUGAUCCAAAAAUGAUAAAAGUUACGGUACCAGUCAUUUUAAGGCUAUGUAGUUUUCUAUAAAUAGCAGUUCUUGGUUAAUAAUGAAUUUGAAUUUUGUUCUAACAAAAAAAUUCUCAAUGUAUUUAUGUUAUCAGGUGCAUGUAUUAUACAGAAGUUAGGAUGUAACAUAUUGUGAAUGUUUAUUUGUAAGGUCAGGCAUAUCAUUUUGAAAGUAAAAUCACACAUAAUGUUUGUAAAUAGCAGAAUGUGCCAAUCAUUGUUAAGCUAUGGUGGUAUAUACAUACUGUUAUCUGGCAAUAAGCCCACGCCGGGUAAACACCUCUGUGUUUUCGAUUUAGUAGAAAUUGUUUUGUUGGCCCCCUGGACUUAUUGAAGGAUAUAUAUAGUGUGUGAAUAAUCAGGAAAUAUAUUAUAUAUUAUUUAAUUAAGUCAUGAAAUUCCAUAGGUAUAUCACUGAGGUUUGUUAAACAGCUACAGAGAGUGUGGAUGUGUGGAAGUCACCUAGGUGGUUGUGCAGCUUAUUGCUGUAAAGAUCCUUUCUUACCCACAAAUAUUUAAUGGCAUGAUCCACCUGGAUAGUGGAAGAUUCGAUUUUCGACUGGUGGGGUUUAUAGGAUUAAAGAUUAUCCCUGGAAGUCCUACGUUACUACUCCAAAGAAUUUUGAAAAACCUGAGUGGUUACUUGCAAAGUGUUUCUUAUUGUAUAUUACUGCUACCAUCAAUGAAAACCAGUUCACUUUGUCCAAUAUACAGGAUUUGACUUUGCUGUGCAUUUUACAAAUUAAAUGGCACUGUUAACCAGUUUUCAUAGUAUUUCUGUUGUUUAGGAUCAGAUGUCCAAAUGAUUUGUUUUAAAGGGAAUGAAUAGAAAUAUUACAAUACUUAUUGAAAGGUGGAAACCAUUGCAGUUUGAGGAGUAGUGGCUAGAUUGGAUUCAUCAGGUUCAGAGAUUGCAAAGAUGAAUGAGUGUUGUAGGCCCGUGACUUUCUUUUAAAUUUAAAUUUUUAAUAUAUUUGUACACCAAGUGUGAUGAUUGUUAGAUUUUAAAGACUAUCAAUUGCUUUUUAAAAACUAUUUUAUCCAUUGAAUUUUUAGAUUGUCUAAAAAUAGCAUGUAAAUGCUUUCAUUGUAGAUAUAUAUUAUAACGUGUGUGUAUCAAUGAACACAAACUCCUGUGUAUUAUAUUAAGGUAUAUGUACACAGGCCCCUGUGUAUUUACAUCAUCAGAAAUACACUAACCUGUGUAUGAUAUAAAUACAUUUACAUAGGCCCCUGUGUAUAUGCACCGGUUGAUAUAUCCUUGGCCCCUGUGCCGUGAUUUGUACAGAUAUAUAUAUAUAUAUAUAUAUGUAUGUGAAUCGUUAUUUCCUGUGAACGUGAAACAAUCCUGUGUAUCAUCAUUGUAUUGAUAUAUCAUGUACGAGAAUAACCCCAAGAAGAAAUUCUGACACUUUGAACAAAUCGUCGCCAUGUUUGGUGUGUAAAGAGUAAUAUCCAUUUUAUUGCAUGAACUGAGCGUGUGAACAAAAGAAAAAAAUAUAUAUAUAUCAUGUCUCAUAUGAAACUGCUCCAUUGAAUGGACAGUGUCGUCAGUUACCAAUUUGUCGUGGUAAAUGUGUGACUUUUUGUAAAACACCCACAGACAUACAUCUCAAUCAUCUGUCUUAUGUACAUAAGUGAGUUGAUCGUUACAUGAUCAGAUGAUCAGACAUUUUCAUAUUAUAUGGCUUGUAGAUUUAUUGUACGUCAGUUCUUCGUAUUUGUAUCAUGUAAAAUUCAGACAAGAGUUUUCAAAACUGUGUUAGAAUGAACACUGUGGGGUAAUAUAUUGAUAACGUGUAUAUUCAAUUUCACACAGAAAUAGAUGUGUUGGCUUUCAUAUAUAACGUAUUUCAUUAUGAAUUGCAUAUUUUACAGCAGAAAAAAUCAUACAUUACUAAAUCAAGGGAAUCGUACGAAAACAAAAUUCAUGGAAGUACUUUAAAGAAUAAUAUUUGUAAAAAUGGAAUUUAUAUUAUCAGGACAUCAAGUUGAAUGGUGUGUGAGUUCGGGGACAAUGCUUAAGUGAUGUGAUGUCUUGUGUGCAUUUCAUAGUUGUCCAUGGACAGUUUCAUAUCUUCAGAAGGAAUACAGAAUACUCUUUUGAACUAUAUUCUUACCUUAAUGUUUUCAAAUACAUUUAAGAAUCUGAAAUUCAUACAAAAAAUUAGUAAGGCAAAAAGUUUUAGUUCUCAACAAGAAACUUAAUUGAAAAAACUCUCAUGUUGUCUAAAAUCUUGGUACCUGUUUUAUAUAUUACAAAUAUGCAUACAUUUUUGUCUUUUCUUUCUAACGAAUUGAAAAAUUCACCUCAUGAUUAUUGCAGACACAAAUAGCUAUGAUUUAUAUGCAAGGUAAAGAUAUUAUGAUUUUCAAGUAUUGUGGAAAUUUUCAUUUUCUAUUGUUGUCAAGUUUUUCUUUCAUGCUUUACAAAAGGUGCUACCUAAAUUUGGUAAUCAUCAUUUUUCAUCAGUGAUAUCGGAACAGUUUAAUCUUGGUCAGUGAUAUGCUUAAUUUUCAAAUGUCAUGGUCAGUUACAUUUACAUGUUUUCUUUAUUUCUGAAUUUUGUUUUGUUAUUACUUUCAAAGAAUUUUUAAACUAUUGGUUUAUAGUUUCUCUGGAAUAAAAUAGAUAAAGAAGAUUGAUGUGCAGUUUUAAGAAAUGGAAUUAGAACGAUGGAAAGCUUUUUUCUAGUUUUUACCUGAAUUAUAGCUCAUGUAAAAUUCUGUCCUAAACAUCUAAUGUCAACUCCACCUAAUAUUGUGUCUAAAAAACAAAAGAUAAAAAGACAAAAAAUAAUUUUCAUUUUCAAAUUAAAAUGGUGGUAAAUUUAGAAUAGACAAAUUUUCAACAUGAAAACAUUCUUAUUAAAAAGGUAUGGAUGUGGAUGUGAUGCUCAUCUAGAUUUUAAUGAAGAAUAAGUUUUAAUUUUCAAUUGUAUUCUCACAAGUUCUAAAUGCCAAAUAUCUUGAUUCGACUCUUACAAUCUGAAUGCAACUCUUCCAAUUACUUAUGUACAUUGCAUUUUCAAAACAAUUGAAAUCCACACUCUUGAUGAUAAAGACUAUUCAGUUGAAAAACAUUACAUAGCGUACAGUUUUUCCAACACAGGACGCCUGAAGUGAUGAUUUUAGAUUAGUUAUACCAGGAUGGAUAUAGAGUUGUCCGCCCUUGUGAGAAUGCCUCUUGGUUUGUUUUUUAAAACAUUCAUGAACAGCUAUUGUAUACAAAUAAAUUAUGAAUUAUUGUAAACAAGAUGGGAUAUGGAUUGCAGACCUGUGUGUGAACAGAUGGCCUUGUAUUAGCGCACUGUGUGUAGCCUGGUAUAUAUUCUGUAUAUAUACACUCGAUGUUAUGUAUGUGUGCGUGCGUGUACAGAAGUUGUUAAAAAGCAAGCUGGAUAAAGCUCUAUUUAUAGACCUGAUUAUUGACGCCUAUGAUAUUAUUAAAAGUUCAUUACCUGAAGAAUA